AUGGCAGGUAGACCCAACAACACAAAUGGUGAACUCUUAGUUAGAAUGACACAAAUUCUGAAAAAUUUAGUGUGUGAUAGAGGCAAUGAACCAAUAGAAUAUCGGGGUUUGUCUGCUUUCACAAAACAUCACCCACCUAAGUUUGAAGGCAAAUUCAACCCAGAAGGAGCUCAAAGAUGGAUAACUGAAAUAGAAAAGAUUUUCAAUGCCAUGGGCUGUCAUGAAGAACACAAGGUUACAUAUGCAACAUAUAUGUUGACCGAGGAGGCAGAGAAUUGGUGGAGGGUUGUCAAUCAAACCUUACCACAUGAAGGGGGAAUAGUUUCAUGGGAAGAUUUCAAAGCUAGUUUCUUAGAAAACUAUUUUCCAAAGGAUCUUAAAAAACAAAAAGCUAGGGAGUUUUUGGAGCUCAAACAAGGGAACAUGAGCAUUGGAGAAUAUGCUUCUAAGUUCCACGAACUUAUGAAGUAUUGGCCACACCAUCAAAAUAAUGGAGAAGAACUUUGUGCGCGUUUUGAGAAUGGGCUAAGAGCAGAUGUUCGUACAACAGUCAGUAUCUUCCAAAUUACUGAUCUUUCAACUUUGGUAAGUAAAUGUAGAAUUUAUGAGUCUAGCCUGAAAAGAAAAGAUGUGGAUACGAGAAUAGGAGGACCAAUGAGAACUGAUAAGAAAUAUCAGGUUCAUGUCAACAAAAAGCCAUAUCAUAGACCUAACACUUUUCAUCUUGGUGGAACAACAAAUCGUAAUGGUAACAAUAAUGUUAAUAAUGACAUCAAAUGUUAUCAUUGUGGAGGACCACAUUUGAGGAGGGAUUGCAGUCAAAUCUUUCCUUCUUGCAGCCAUUGUGGAAAAGCUGGACAUCUUGCUAGCAAUUAUUGGUUAGCACAACAAAAAGUUGACAUUGCCAUGGGAAUUCUGAAAUCACACAUCAUAAUGGCACUAAACCAAAAUUUCAAGGGAAAGUUUUCACCAUGA